ACACAUACAAUUCACCGGGACAAUACACACUGCAGUAGAGUAAACUAGUUUGAUGUUUACAAAGUGUAACUUGUAAUAUACAGAAAUAUGGCUUUCGGAUUGUAUACAUUACUAGAGGCAGCUUUAUUAUGCAUAAAUGCUAUUGCCAUACUUAACGAAGAGAGAUUUCUUAGCAAAGUUGGAUGGGGAGGAGACCAGAGUGUCGGAGGCUUUGGAGAGGAGCCUGGAAUGAAAGCUCAGAUCAUCAACCUCAUCCGAUCGAUACGUCUAGUCAUGAGAGUUCCACUGAUCUUCCUCAAUGCAGUCACUAUAGUGGUAAAGCUAAUACUUGGAUAGCAGGAUUUGAUUCUAAAUAAAAAAAGACAAUGGACAUGAAGUAAUGCAAUAAAUAAAAGGGUUUAGAAGAUUUCUAACGACAUGGAAAAGAGGUAGUCCAUGCCACAUGUAUACUGAUCUUAUUGGAAUACAGCUCGGUCAUACCUUGGUCACGCCAAUGAGACCGACACCAGGCUGACCACAGAUGGAACAGACAUUUCAUCGGUCUGAAUGGCCAAAGAGUCGGUCAAUUUGGAGUCGACGUGGAGUUGGUUUGGCGGUGUGACUGAGAUAUCAGCGACUACACACAGCUGCUAGACUAGAUCCGGUUCUAGGUAGGACAAGAUUGGUGAAGAUCUGCUACUUGUAAGCCAAUGGCUCCUGAUAGAUCCGGUUCUAGGUAGGACAAGAUUGGUGAAGAUCUGCUAC